AAAUAACACAUUUUAUAUCUUUCUAGUCGAGCGCAUCGUGCGACUCAAGAACGAGCUGUAACGUGGCAGCAGCCGUCUCAAGGCUCUGCCACCAAUGUCCUUCGGUGGCGCACUGGAAGUACGCUGCUGUCCGCAUUCCGGUGUCUGCCGAGCCCUACCAGAUCGAAAUCACCGGCCUGGAUGGCAACACGGGCGACGUGGCGUUCGAUCUCGUCAGCUUCGAGACGUUCGAGGUGUGCGCGCCCACCUGGGUUCCCUACUUCGGCGUCAUCAACGACGUAAAGACGUCUCAGACAACUGACUCCAUUGAGACCUGUGCAAAGAAAUGCUUGAGAAGAGCCUCCUGUGAUCUCUUUGGUUUCAACUACGACAGUGGCAGAUGCGAUAUGCGCCAGAAGUCCACAAAGGAAACGUCAGCGAAUCCAAACGACAUGUGUUGGCCAUCUGAACAUCCUCGAACAACCACUUACGAGCUUAAUUGUCUGGGACCAGCGGCCACGUACGACUUUCUCCUGGACUCGGACGGCGACUACUUCCAGGGCGCCUGGCGCUGGCACAACUGCAUCGACAACGGCACCUGCACAGACUUUGAAAACCUCGGAGAGCGGAUCAGACUGGAUCCAACAGACAGACUGCACAAGCCUGCCAUCACUGAAGGCUUCGGCUACUUCUUCUCGGCAGCUACAUUGAAGGCUCAGACCCCGUUCAGAAGAGACCAAGAUGUUCAUGUGAUCCACACACUACCGGCAGCUUAUUUGGAAGCUUUCAAGCCGCAUGGAACUAUGCACGCUUGGUGUAGCAAUGAGGGCAGCACUACGGCCUCGUUCACCAUGCAGCUGUUCACUCUCUCUGACACCAAUGCAGAGACCAAGGUGGCCGAGGCGGCAGCGGACUGCACCGAUCAGGAAAUACGCCGCCUCUUCUACGAGCCAUUUGUCGUCGACGGCACAUUCGCUCGCCUGAGGGUGAGAGAACUGUUGCGAACCACGGCAACCAGCGACUAUGAUAGCAACGCCGCUGUCACCGGUCAGCGCCUCAUGAUCGACGUGCCCCUGGGCAUCGGCUGCUUCUCGGGCCUGCCGCCGCCGGCCGACGCUCAGGACGUGGACACCAACGACGUGCCGACGUGCCUGGUCCGCUGCCACGGACUCGGAAAGCCGGUGGCUGCGCUGCGCGGUGCCAGCUGCGCCUGCCUGGAUCAGAUGCCGUACGCCAGUCUGCGACCCUCACGGUCUUGCCACACCCCCUGCUACGGGGAGCGCUGGAUGUGUGGCGGCCAGGACGAGCACAGCUUCUACACCGCCAGCUGUCCCGACGGCUGGCAGCGCGUGGGGCACUUCUGCUACAAGAAGUUCGCCGACGCGGCAGCUGACACGGCUCGAAAGGCGCACGCGCUGUGCACAAUGAACAACGCCGAGCUCUUCAACCCCCGCUGGUCGUACGACUACAAUAUGGCAUCCAAGUUGCUAGUCUCUGACGGUGCCAGUGCCUUCCUGGGUUUCAAGAUCAUCAGGAACCCCGCUACCGUGUACACCUUCAGCGGAGAGUUGAUGACCGAUUUCGAGGAGAUUAAAAGCCUGACCAAGCUGGGGGCCGACGCCGACUGCGUGGAGGUGGCCCGCAGCGGCACCACGCUGACCGCCUCGGGCGCCUGCACCGCCUCCGCAGAGGUCAUCUGCCAGCAGCCUCUGGUGCGCGGCUGGGGCACGCAGGAGAUCGCCGAGACGGACGACCUGGUGAUGCGGACAGCCUCCAGCGGCAGCGACGUGUUCGCUGACCCGUCCCAGUGGUGGAGCCCGGCGGCCGACGACACCUCCCCGCGCCUCGUGUGGGAAUUUUCUCGCCAAGUAAUGGUCUCCGGAUUCAAGAUUUCCAGCAAAUCCGACAAACUGAUGGAAAGCUUUUUCUUAAAGUACAAAGAAGAUUACCUGAGCAACGAUACUGAGCGAUUCUACGCGACUUCAGAGGCAGGAGACAUUUAUGAAUUUAACAUCACCAGCGGGCUCCAGCUGAGCGGCGAGUUCACGGCGCACAUUCAGCUGGCCUACCCGAAGGUGUCCAACUGGUUUGCGCUGCUGCCGUCGCGGUACGUCGCCGGCGCAGAGGUCAAGGUCACGCUGCUCGGCUCCACUGCCAGCGAGAGCGUCACUGUCUCCGAACGGCCGGGCGUGGCCGGUUCAGCGGCAUUGAAUCUGACCGAAAUUUGCCGAGAUGCCGACCACAGCGACCUUGAAGGUGAAGGCUUCCAAUUAAUGAACGCGGAGCCGGAGCUUUGGCCGGGCCACUCGUCACUGAUACAUGCAUACAAGAAGGUCCCCGAAAUGGCGUACCAAAUUUGUCAGCCCCGCACUCAGUGUCGCCGAACUGGAGACGGAAAUGUACUCUGUACACCGUAUAGAGCUAUGUGGUACACCAGGAAAGCUUCGCGCACGUGCGCGGCCGGUUUCCACAACGUGGUGGGCCACUGCGUCACUCCGUCUGCCCAGGCACUGAGUCAGGAGGCCGGCGCAGAGGCGUGCUCCAGCGUCCCGGGAGUACCGAUCGAGUUCAACAGCGCCGCCGAGUUCACCCUCUUCAGGCUGAUGAUGGUCACACACCAGAUGAACGAGUCCAUCUACAUCGGAGUCCGACGCAGCGGCGAUGGCUUUGUGAGCGGCGCCGGGGAGCCUUUGCCGCCCGCCACGCAGUUCCACCGGAUUUGGGCGCCGAACGAGCCGGCCUCCACCGGCGACUGCGUGAUUCUGGAUCCGGAGGUCGACUUCUUUGCCCGCGCGGUGGAUUGCAGCACACCGUACCCCACAUACUGUCAGCCGAGAGCACCACGCAACUGUCCGGCUGACUUCGAGUACCAGGGUGACAGCUACAGCUGCUUCCAUUUCCACGUGGACACGAGCCGUGUGUGGGACCACACCGCGGCCAGCGAGUACUGUCGCCACAAAGGGACGUCACUGGCCGUUCCCAGGGACCAGCAACAGCUCGACUUCAUCAAGGACCUCGUCGAUCGAGUCAUCACAAAGGCCGUGGACGCAGGUGGCUCGGACACGGAGCAUACAGGAGCGCUGGGAGCCGUUCUGCUGAAUGACGACGGGGACGACCCAAAUAUCACCGUCACCAUCAACAACAUCAGCCCACAACCAACGAAAACCUCCUGGAAUUUGCUGAAAGAGUCCAUGUCGUCUUCUAAGAGCUGUGCAUACACCGUCCAGGGGUCUGAUAUAGAGCCCAAUGAAUGCAUCGGCAGUGGGUCUCACAUAAACUAUCCCGUUUGUCAAUAUCACGCGUGCUACGCGCUCAACAGCUCAGCCGAGUGCGUGUUCCCGUUCCGCUACAAGGGCCGCGUGUACGGUCACUGCACGCGGCUGGAUAGCGACGACGGCAGCGCCUGGUGUCCCACCCAGCUGGUGAACGGCGAGGCCAGUCGCACCAACGGCUCCUUCGCCACCUGUCUGGACUCCUGUCCCGUGCGGCAGUGUCCGGUGGGUUUCCUGGAGAUCGCCGCGCCGCCCCGCUCGGCGCCGAUCUGUCUACUGCUCAGCAGUUACCGCGACGAGGAGGUCCUCAUCCCGCCCAGGACGCCCGGCCAACAGAGGGACUUCUGCGAGAGACUCGGCUCGCGGCCACUCACCCUGGAGUCGCCCUUCCACUACGAGCUGAUCAAAAACAACGUGUCGAAGGUGUUCCCCGAGUUUAAGCAGUACGUGGCCUUUGGCGGCUACUAUUGGAACGCCGCCGACCCGCACCUUAUCCUGGACUCUGGCCGUCGCCCCUCACCCCGAGUCCUGGAGCUCGUCAAGAGCAGCUUCGACGACGCCCUGUUGGGGACGUACAACACCACGUGCGUCGUGAUGAAAGGCGACACUUUCCAGAACGUGCCUUGUGACGUGGGAAUGGCGUAUCACGCAUGUGAAGCGAAUGUGGAGUACACAGAGUCAGGUCCUGCGGGCGGCCAGCUCUGCCAAUUCCCGUUCACGUACGCCGGCCGAAACUACUCCUCCUGCGCCGAGAACACGGACCGUGGCCAGGCCUGGUGCGCUACCGUCGUCACCGGCGACGGCCUGGUGGACGGAGACAACUGGGGAUACUGUCCUCCCGGCGACGAGCGGACGGUGGCCGGCCCGGCCAGCCCGGAGCGCUGCCAGUUUCCGUUCAUCGCCGGCGGCGUGCGCUACGAGCGGUGUGACUGGCUGCACCGAGCAUGUGGUCGGCUAGUCGGUCAGAGCGGCUGCCCUCUCCCGGCAGACGAGCGGACGGUGGCCGGCCCGGCCAGCCCGGAGCGCUGCCAGUUUCCGUUCAUCGCCGGCGGCGUGCGCUACGAGCGGUGCACCAAGGUCACCGGGCUCACCACGCCGGACACGGGUGGACGCUUCUGGUGCAGCACCGCCAACGACGCGGCCGGCGUCAUGACCCGUCCGGACGCCUGGGGCGAGUGCCACGAGAACAUCUGGCCGCCCGAUAACCCGUACUGCGAUGCACCGUUUGAGGGCAGCGGAGAGGGCAAAUGUGCCUAUCUCCAUCACGAGAAAAUCACCGAUGACACUGAAGCUGCAGGAGUGUGUAGCAAUAUCAACGCUGAGCUAGCUAUUCCAUUCUCCAAAGAACAUCAGGAAGUAAUUGACGAAUUCAUCCAGGAGAAGGACAAAACAUAUUUUCCAAACUUUGACUACAUCCGCACCUCUGGCUACAAGAGCAAUGGUCAAUGGUUCUGGAAUGGUGGCCUGGAUAUCGGAUUCUUCAACUGGGCGGCAGCCGGCGAAGCGGCCAAGGAGGGGUGCGUGUUCAUUGACACGACCGUGGGCCCUCCGUACCGCUGGGUGGUGCUCGCCUGCGACACGCCCGCCUACACCGUGUGCCGCGCCGCCUGUGCCGACGGACAGAUCACGUUCAAUGGUCGGUGUCUGGAGGUGAGCACCACGACCGUCACUGUCAGCGUCCUGGCCGAGGCGGCGUGCCACGAUAAGGGUCAGCGGCUGUUCACGCCCUCCAGCGACGCCGAGCUGCGUCAGCUGCAGGGUGUGAUGGCCGCCCAGUACCCCGGCAAGCUGCCGGCCAUCAUCGGCCUGACCGAGUGUCGGUUCUCGUUCGCCGACCUCUGGCGGCGGAGCCGCGCCGACCGGCAGGUGCCACGCACAGUAGACGGCAAGCUGGCUCGCUGGGCAAUUCCUGGUACCAAUUAUCAGUAUGAUCAGCCGUUUCCUUGUCUGGAUGAGACCUCUCAGGGCUUGUAUUUCACUCUGGAGCCGCCCUCGGCUCCGCAGCCAAUGACGGCGUAUGCGAACACCAAGUCGCUCAGCCUGAACUACAUAUGCGCCCCCGAUUUGACGGAUCCUUGCCCGGAAGGCUACCACCCCCUCGACGACCAGUGCAUCAAGGUCUCCGACACCACUGCAACCUACCACGAGGCACAGGCGGCAUGCCACGAGGACAAUGCGGACUUGCUAUACAUUAAGUAUUUUCAUGAGCGCUACACUGUGCCGCUCCUCGUCAAGGCACUGAAUUCUGCCCAGCUUACUCGGCAGUUCGUGUGGAUUGGAUACGACAGGAUCGACGAUCCCACAUUCACGAACAUCUGGGGCGAACCUGGCUCCUUUAAACAAGGAUGGUUGAAGAAUGGUCCAGGAACCACACCGCAGGACUGUGUCAUUUUACAGAAGGAUACCAGCUGGUUAGGAGGAUACGUAUUCAACGUUCGAGACUGCAACGAACGCCACCACUAUGCGUGCACGUACAGGGGUCAGCAGAGGAAAAACAUUUGUCCGGAGGAGUUCCCGUUCUACUACCAAGGAGACUGCUUCCGAGUAUCAAACAGUAGCCUCACAUUCGCCCAGGCAGAGGUGGAGUGCUCGCUGAGUACGAGCGGGUACAGCAAGCUGGCCGCGCCCCAGGCCAGCCACGUCAGCAUGUUCGGCUACUUGGCGGCACGCUUUGACGACCUCUGGGUGGGUCUGGACGACCGCGCCGGCGGGCUCACCAACAGUGGCGGCGACCCGGUGUUACCGGCCACGGUGGCACGCCUGCCCACACCGGACGCCAGCAGCCGGCGGCGCCGCUCCACCGGCCAGUGUAUGGCCAUCCGGGACGGCGGCUACCAGCUCACCGACUGCCAGGAGAGGCGCCGGCACGUCUGCCUGCUGGUCAGGAGCCCCAGCUGUCCGGACCGCUUCAUCAGACACCAGGACAACUGCUACCUGGUACCCAACCAGCGACCACGCGGGGAAGACUACGCCACCGCCGAGCGAAAGUGCGCCCUCACCGGCAGUUUCGUGGCGGCUGACCGCGACGCACGUCAAGCGGACUUUCUGAAGGCCCUUUGGACCGCAGUGAACCACACCUCGUACUGGGUGGGACUCAGCUCAGACGAGAAGGACGAGACGUCGCUCUUCUACCCCAACUGGGAGCCGUUCACCUCUGGCAACUACAGCCGGUUCGACGCGCCGCCGUCGAUGGCCGCGCCCGCCUGCACCGUCGUUGCCAGUGACGACGGGUUCGCCACCUGGAGAGAGUCAUCGUGCGUCCAGAGGGCGAACAUUAUCUGCCACUACCAGGGUCUGCCCACCUGUCCGGCGGGCUACACGGCGCUGCUGGACAGCGGCUACACGUGUCUGAGACACAGUCCAGACAACGGCACCUACUGGUCCAAGUUCAGCGAGUGCUACAACGACGGUCCCAACACCGGACUGGCAGUGGUCUCCUCCGGUCGGGUACAGGCAGCCAUGAUGAGCUUUGUAGAAAAAGAAAGCAACGCUGCUUCCACGGCACCGUUCUGGAUCAGCUUCCGCGGGCCUUCGGCUCUCGUGGAUGAGCCCGAGCACCAGAACCGGCCAGUGGGGAACGUGGUGCAGCGCGUCCGCUGGAUCGACUACAACGCCAUGACGUGGACCGACGAGGUCACGGAGCUGCACAACAACGGCACCAACAUGACGGAAAUCUGGCGCGAUAAGUGCGCCACUCUCGACCUCGAGAGCAACUGGCUGCGCAACGACUGUCUCGACAACUUUGCCGCCCUCUGCGAGCACACCGCGUGCUACUCGACCCGCGGCCACCAGUGUAUCUUCCCGUUCCUCGGCCCGGAGGACGGCGUGGAAUACCACAACUGCACGUCCCUGGACACCACAAACAUCUUCCAGCCGUACUGCGCCACGGAGGUGAACAGCACGGGGCACGCGGUGCGGAUUGAAAAGUGCCAGCGCUACUGCUACUUCCGCCGACCCGUUGUCAAGUGCUACGACCCUCCGCUGCACCCGCUGUUGGAGAACGAGACCGACCCAACGGUCUGGAGAGCCAACUGGACAUCCAGCUGGGACGGUGUCACCCACCUCAAACAGUACCAAAAUAUCACCUACCAGUGUCCGAUCGGGUACGUCUUCGAUAAGAACAAUAAAAACAUCAUCAAACUUACCUGUGGAAACUGGACGUGGGAGCCGGAGCCUGGGCUCAGCAACGCCACCUGUCAACCGGUACAGUGUUCCCGUGAGCUGCCGAACGUACCGGCCGACACCUCUCCGGGAAACGCCAGCGUGCUCGUCUGGGACGGCCUUUACGAGUAUCUCACUCCCAUCGAGUUCACCUGUCCCACCGGUCACGUGUUCGAGGGCCUGGUCCGCAAAGCCCACGAGGGGAACUGGUCCAUCAACCCGUCACCGUGGAGCCAGCUUACGUCGGUCGAGUGUGACGCCACCGGCCAGUGGAUGCCAGCCUUUCUGCCCAACUGCGUGCCGUUCGACUGUUUGGGGCCACCUCUCGAGCCCCCCGAGUGGGUCUCGUACGACUGGGACAACGCCACAAUCAGUUAUGGACACACGGUGCGCUACUGGUGCACUCCCGGUGUCGGCUGGGCCUUCCCCAGUGACGGGGCCAUAGAGCACUUCAGCACGUGCCAAGAGAACGGCAACUGGUCCUUGACGGAACUGGAGGAUUGCAUCUUGAUGCCGUGCCCGGACCCGGCGCCGGAGACGGUCACCAACCAGACGUUCAGCUACGGCCUCGUGUUCAGCAACUACACGUGUCCUCCGGCCUGGGAGUUCGCCGACGGCAGCCGCCAAAAGUCGGCAGAGUGCCUGCUCGAGACCAAAGUCUGGGAGCCGGCCGUCAUGCCGCCCUGUCAGAAGCGCCGCUGCGCUGAGGAACCUCCGGAGGUCUUCCAGAAGGGCAUGACGAGGAAGUGGCCAAAAGGCGAGGACGGCCAGCCCAACUACGAGCUGGACGUGGUCAUCCAGUACCGGUGUCCUCACCGCCGACUCACCUGGGAGUUCAACGAGACCAUUCAGGAGGUGAUGUGCAUCCACGAUCCGGAGAGCGACCUCAUGGUCUGGGAGCCCUUCAACAUUACCCUCUGUAACCCGACAAGCUGCGGAAAUCGGGACAGCAUUACAUGAGUGCGUGAGGAGACAUGCUCGUAUGUGCAGUGGUAUGUGCCAAACUUACCAAUAACAGGACAACAGCAGGAAUGGCGAUAGACCAGAACAGGACCAGAGGGCAAAUCUAGAGGUGAGACCAUACAUGAGCUAUACUUGGCCAGAAUUCCACCGAUAAGAAAUAUCCUCUUUGCUAACCGCAGGUAAGACAAUCUUUUAUUUUUCAGUCUGUAUGAAUACCUAAUUGAAUGGUGUCCAGGGGCUUACGCGCACCCACAGUGUAGUGUUAACAUACAAAUAAAAACGUGUCAUAAUUCCAUAAAGUAACGACUAUUCAAAAACAUUCUGACACAUAAGCGAUCAAAUACCAAAACUUAAACUAUUACCGAUUCAUAUAUCUAUUAAUCGACGUAGGUAUCCCCUUCAAGCCCAGUCUUUCCAUUCGCUCAUCCCCCUCCCUCUCUGCAGCUGCAGCACAGCCGCUGCUGCUGGUGCUGGUGCUGCUGCUGCUGCUGGAUUCUCCACCCUAUGGCCCGUCGGAGCGGCUGGAGGCUGGAGCCUCCCUCAAUUCCGCCUCCAACUGGCGGAGCCCACUUGUACUCGGCGGCUGGCGGCGGCCCGGUCCGGCCCGGUGCUCCGUCCGUCUCCGCUGGUGUGACUUCACGGAUCAUCAGCCAAUGUUGAGAGAGGAUCGUCACGACUACAUCAGCGCGUCCGGCGACCGGUGAAGAUGUCUACGGGAGCUGACAGGAGCCGCUGCUGGCGCCCGGCGCCGCCAGCCGACGUGGUCACACCGGCCGCAGCUCUCUCCCAGAGAGCUGCCCUCCCGCGCCGCGAGCGACAUCUGAAUCUCGGAACUACGCUACGUGCGACACCUAGCGUCAGAAGGCAGAAGAAAAUCACAGGACCACAAUCGUCCGUAUCUCCUGCCGCUGCGGCCUGCGAGUGUAUCACCAAAGAUCAGCAGGAAGAGGCCCGAACCAAAGAAGGAGAAGAAGAAGAAGAAAAAUGACUUUUGAUCCAGAAGUUCCUUGGCAAAUUGCUUGAAACAGUUUUACUACACCCAUUUGCUGAAAAUGGUUGAUUGCCUGUGCCAUCCGGAACCAAAGCUUUGUCUGAGAUGAGCAUCUUGUAUCGCAUCCAUGGGCUCCACAUCCGUAUUCGACUUGGCUGUGGGGGAAAACCUCCUUAUAUCUAAAGUGAUUUUUUACCUCAUAACACCAAUGGACCCAGUAUAAAGGUGCAAAUUAUAAUAUGGAAAUUGGACUGAAUGUAAAAUUAUUAAAUAUUUACCAUGCAUUUUUGUUUAAAAAAUAACGCAAGAGAAGCUCGCAUCCCCGACGUCGGCCGGAAACGGAGCCCGUGGACAGCUGUGUUUAGUUUGCCUGCUGUUUGUGUGUGCUGAACUUACAAGCGGAUGCUGGUGGUUACGUGCUUACGAGCCUCUUGCAAAGCUACUCGCUACCAAAACAUGGUUAAUGUGUUAAGUGUAUGAAUAAAAGUAUGCCUAUCAAUUAUACAUUGUCACACCUACUAUUUAAUAAAUAUAGGCAGAAUCGCUAUGAGGCAGAACGGACCAUUUUGUUGCAAAUGUGAACGGACUUUGAUAUCAAAUAACACAGCAGAGGGCUGAAGUCGCAAGCAUCGUGACCACCAGCAUUAGCUUACCCUAUCCAUCCAUGUCGUUUGUAAUAUGUGUUGAACUACAUAGGAUAGGUGGCUAGAUGUAAACAGAUUGUGUUCGCUUAUAAGAAACUGAAUCCAGAUAUCGCUAGUGCAAUUUCGAUAUUGUGUUCUGUUGUGCUGUACAGUGUUGCAGAUCGUUGUGUUCAUAACUGUCUUCGGGAAAUAGCAUUAAUAGCAAAUCAUCCCGAGUUGUUAGACGUUCAUUAAAAUAAACCGGAAACGGGUUAGAUCAUCCAUGCAGUUUGUCAAUAAAGUUCAAAUAAAAUCAUUCAAUAAUGCUUGGUGAAUUACGAUGAGUUCAUCAUUUUCAAUGUACCAAUGAAUCAGACAUUACUUAAUUGUCUCGAUUGGUCCGUAGUUAAAUUUUGCGUAAUGCAUCAGCUUUCUUGUUUAAUUUGUGAGCAUCGAUAAUUACUGAUAAUGUACGAUAAUACACUACCGAUAAUUAUCGAUAAUGAACUAGCACAAACUUUUAAAAGUGUGAUGGUCGUGCUAUGUAGUAGUUAGCGAUAUCGGUGUAUCAUCUCUGUCACCUUGGCCUCGAUAUCCUGGCGACGGCAUUAGCUCGAGUGGCUUCGUAGCAAAGAGGGAGGCGUCGACGCAAAUACAAAGCACGUGUUCUCAGUCGAUAUAUCUUGUUUGAUCAAUGGUAUCAAUGGCAGGCAAUGGAAUGUUUGCGAUGUUUGCAAUCACUUCAACCACAGAUCUUCAACACUUCGCUGCACACUAGGGCCUUGGCACACUCAUGCUUGACUCAUGCCAUACAGCUUUGUGUGCUUUGCACACGCUAUCGGUGAUUGUGGACGAUCCAUGGAUUGAAGUGUAAACAUUGAUAAGACAUUUCCGGUAUGGGUUUCUUUCGCGUGAAGGCUAGCGAGGAAAAUACAAUAAUUGUAAACCGAGACUGUGGUGUAAGAGUGGUGCUGGAUUACCUGAAGAUUCGACUGGGUAUCACCGAUACAGAGGUUGAGCUAGACCUAUGCGACGAGUGGGGAAACGUACGGUUCCUGUCCCAAGCUCCUCCGAGAUGCAACACAAUUCACCUUCUAGCUCCUCGGGGGCUCUACACGCCGGUUGUGAUAACACAAACGCCGACGCUGAAAUUUGAGUUUCCUAUGGGGAAGCCAGUCACCAUCCAUAGGCUCAGGGACGCUCAGCGAAAGGCCCGACGACAGUGGGGCAAGCUGCAGAAGUUGCUCGGCUCGUUCAGCGGCCAGUUCGACUCGGACGAAGAGGCAGUGGAAACCAUCUACCAGGUGGUAGGGUCGCCUUCCGCCGACUACGGCAAGGGCAAGGUCAAGGGACGCGACCCAGCCCCAAAGUCUCCCCGGUCGAGGUCGAUAUCAGCAGGCAAAAAGAAGAAGGCGUCAUGGGCCACCGAUAUAUCUGAGUCAAAGGAAAAUACAUCCGAGAAUGGUCAAACUCAGCCAGAGAGACCUGCGGUCUCUGCAGGUAGAGAGACAACAAGGGCAAGAAGGGUGUCCAUUUCAGACGAGCGAAAUGAAAUCGAGGCUACUGAAGCCGAAAACAAGAGCAGUAUGCAAAGAAGGCCACUCAAUAACGUGGAAAGUAAAGGAACACAUGGGCUUAGCCAAGAUUACGGAGUAGAUCACGACAAGACGGCAGGCCUUGCUGGCCGAAGAGGAUCAACGAAAUACGAGAAUAAUGUGCCUGAAAUACCGGCAAACAAGUCCAAGGAUGUUGUGACUGGAGAGGAGCAUGAUGAUACCAGCAAGACGACACCGGCGAGCACCAAACCAGCAGAGGCCGGAGAGAGUGGCAAGGCUGCAGAAGAGGCACCAGAGAUUCCGAAACCGAGCACCUCAACCACUGACAGAGACAAAACAGAUCUUCCCGCUGAGCGUCCAGCACAUGAAUCGACAGACAGUGGUAUCGAGUCAGCGGCCAGCAGGUCGGGCGGGAGGGCGAAGGAGUCGGGGAUGCGGGAGACCUCCAGUGACGCGCAGUCAGCCAGCGGAGAGGCAGGAAGCAACGAGGACUCCCCCAGUGCGCCGACUUUGCCGCUGUCUAAGACGAAACUCAAACAUCGCAGGAGCUCCAGAAUGCCGGCCAUUCCGGAGCAAGUCGCCCCGGCAAACAGUGGAGUCAGCAAGGAUGGGGCACCCGCAAAGUCGGAGGCAUAUGACGAAAACCAACAGUCUCAGGAUGGAAAGACAACCAGCUCCGGCCCGUCAGAUGCAACGAACAUCACAAACGAGAAGGACGUAACAAGAGACUCAUCAAACGCCGCUUCAACCGAUGCAUCACAGCCGACAGCUAACGCAGUCACUGUCGAGCACAGUGUCGGCGAAUCCUCCUCUCCCGGUGCACCCCGUCCGCCUCAGGAUCCCUCAUCUCCUGCCGCGAGCGGCGCUGCCCUGGCGCCGGAGGACAUCGCCGGAGUGGCGGUGUCGAUCGUCCCACCGAGUGCGGCGGCACCUCACCGGCGCAGCGUGGACGUCACGGCGCUGCUCGGCAUCCCCGUGACGGACGGGACGCCCGGAGCCGAGGCCGACCCGUCCACCGGCCACGGCGUGCCCUCGAUGAUCGACGAGGAGUGGCGCAGAGCGGCGGCCACCGAACAGCUGGUGGGGGUGCUCAGCGCCACCUCGCGGCUCGUCUACCUCGGCUCGGCCAGGAGCCAGCCGGUGGACGUGCCGCAGAUCAACGUGGUCAGCACGACGGAGGAGCAGGCGCAGCGGCUGAGCUCCGGGUCCGCGCUGCUGGCCGCGGCUGGACCGGGGGAGGAGAGGACCCGCACUGAUGACGUGGGCGGCGAGCGGGGUGACGUGACGUCGCAGCCAGACACAUGGAGGUCGCCCUCAGGCGGCGCCGUCGAGACCUGAACACAGCCUGGCAUGCGAGAUGUCCAUUGUCCGAUGCACAUGUGUCAAGGCAAUUCCGAAUGUUCGUGGAAAAUGCAGGCAGUGUGCAGGCGAAUCGGAUAGGAGCACGAAAAUAGCUGUGCGACUAGGAUGCAAUGCAGCGAUGAUGAAUUCGUUACUGUGCAGUGUGAUUCAGCUACGCGUUUCUCGUACAAACAUCGUGGAUUUCAGUGUGCUAGCGUUAAAAUGUUACGUUGAUACUUGAUUGUUGUCAUGUAUGUACGAUGGAGUGCGUUUUAUGCGACCAAAAGAGUUCACAAAACAAAUAUAUUUCGUCAGUUCGAUGACAA